GUUGGUAUAAAAGAAGGUUGAGUCUUUAUGUUUAUGAUUAUUUUUAAGCGAUAGAUCAGAACAUAAGGCAGGAAAAUGACUUUGUUUAGUAUGUAUCUCUCAAGCAACAUUGCCAGAAUAAUUACGUCUUCCGAUCUGGAUAAUUUUCCAACCAUAAGCACUACAUGUUUUUUCGGCAAAAAGAAGGCACCGACCGUAAGUCCCACAGAUCCGCAUAUUUCCGAUGUCUCAGACGACGAUUUCAGUGACGGAGAAAAUAUUUCCCAAACAAAUGAGCUUAACGAUGAAGAAGAAGUGCCUUCAGGACUUGACAACAUUGCAGUUCCCAUUGAGUAUUUUACAAAGUUUUUUUCAUUUGAUCUAAUGGAUAAAAUAGUCUAUCAGACAAAUCUUUAUAGUACUCAGCAACUUGAUUAUUGAUAAAAAUCCGCCAGAAAUAACGGAUCUAUACUCUUGAUUAUGGGUGUAAUAAAACUUCCUGCCAUAGAAGAUUUUUGGGCAGCUAGUACAAGAGUAGAU